AUGAUUAUUAACACUUGUUAUAGUGAAGAGACAAGUCCUCUUAGUUCAGAACAUAAAGAAAUAGAAGAUAUUGUACCAGAGCAAUAUGAAUCAUAUAAUCAAGAUAUCAAAACAAAACAUUUUAUUAUGUUUUAUCAUCCUUAUUGUGAAUGGUGUAAGGAAAUGAGAACAUUAUUAAUUCAGUUAUCAGAAGAACUUCCUAAUGUAAAGUUUCAUCAAAUAAAUUGUGUUACUUAUAAACAAUUUUGUCAAAGCCAUAGAGUUAAUAGUUAUCCAAAAAUGUACAUUAUUCAUGGAUUCUUUAAUAGCCAGUGCUUUGAUAGAAAAUACGAAUUAAUAAAAAAGUUUAUCAUUAAUUUUAAGUAA